AUGGUUCCAUUCGGCGGCUACUCCAUGCCAGUCCAGUACUCCGACCUCGGCGUGGGCGAGAGCCACAUCUGGACUCGUGAGAAAUGCUCCCUCUUUGACGUUGGCCACAUGGUACAAUACCACGUCGAAGGACCUGGCGCGGAAGCGUUCCUCGAGUCACUGACCCCCGCGGAUCUCAAAUCCCUACCUCCAGGCCAGAACACUUUAUCCGCGCUGCUGCAUCCAGUCACGGGCGGGAUAGUAGAUGACUGCAUCAUCACGCGCCUCGAGGCCGGACCGCGACAUUUGUUCUACGUGGUCCUCAACGCGGGCUGCAGAGAGAAGGACUACACUUUCCUCUGCCAAGCUGUAGAGAACUGGGACAACACCAUCAACCCCGUUGUCCACCUUCGCCAUCUCCAACACGACGGCGAGCCCUAUGGCCUCAUCGCAUUGCAAGGCCCACUAGCAGCUUCAAUACUCAAAUCGGCGCUAGCGGAGACCUGCAGAGUGGACCUGCAGAAAUGGUACUUCGGCACCGCCAAACACAUCACCCUCGCCCUCCCUUCCGCAGAAAGCCUCCCCAUCGUGGCGAGCCGGGGCGGGUACACAGGCGAAGACGGCUUUGAGCUGUCGAUCCAUCCAUCCCAAGUCGUCGCGGUAACGGAAUUACUCCUACAACGUGCAGGGGACGAUCGACUUCGUUUCGCCGGGCUCGGAGCGAGGGAUAGUCUACGCCUGGAAGCUGGGAUGUGUCUGUACGGGCACGAUCUGGACGACACGACUACACCCGUCGAGGCGGGGUUGAGUUGGAUCAUACCGAAGUCACGACGGACGAGGGAAAGGUCGGGCUUCAAUGGCGCGGAAGCGAUUAUACCGCAGUUGAUGCCCAAGUCUGAGGGAGGCACCGGCGUGAAGCGGCGGCGGAUAGGUUUGGUCGUCGACGGCGCCCCGGCGAGAGAAGGCGCCGUGGUGGAAGACGGUGAGGGGAAUGUUGUCGGCAAAGUGACGUCGGGCUGUCCAAGCCCUACGAUGAAGAAAAACAUUGCCAUGGCGUAUGUGCAGAGUGGGCUGCACAAGGCGGGAACGGAGUUACAGGUGGUGGUGAGAGCGAAGAGGAGGAAGGCGGUGGUUACGAAGAUGCCGUUUGUACCGAGUAAGUACUGGAAGGGUGGUGUUAGCCCGGGGUGA